UUUGCAAUUUGCUUUCUUCCCCCCAAGUCUAAACGCAUCAAAAUGGCUGCCAAGUACCAGAUCGUUCUCAUCCGCCACGGCGAGAGUCAGUGGAACGUGGACAACCGCUUCACGGGCUGGCACGACGUGCAGCUGUCCGCUAAGGGCGAGCAUGAGUCGCACGACGCCGGCAAGGUGCUUAAGGAGGCUGGAUUCAAGUUCGAUCUGGCCUACACUUCCGUGCUUAAGCGUGCCAUUAAGACGCUGUGGAACAUCCUGGAGGAGACGGACCUCAUGUGGAUCCCCGUUAUCCGCUCGUGGCGUCUGAACGAGCGUCACUACGGCGCUCUUACGGGUCUAAACAAGCAGGAGACUGUGGACAAGCACGGCAUUGAGAAGGUUAUGAUCUGGCGUCGCAGUUACGCCACGCCGCCCCCUUCGCUUGAGGCUGACAGCGAAUACUACCCAGGCAACGACCCUAAGUACGCGGAUGUGCCUAAGGAGCUUCUGCCCUUCGCGGAGUCGCUUGCCACUACCGGUGAGCGUGUGUUGCCCUACUGGGAACAGACCAUCAUUCCUUCCAUCAAGGAGGGCAAGAAGAUCGUGAUUGCGGCUCACGGCAACUCGCUCCGUGCGCUGGUGAAGCAUUUGGACAACAUCCCGGAGGACACGAUCACGGGUCUUAACAUUCCCACGGGUGUUCCCCUUGUGUACGACCUGGACGAGAACUUCAAGCCCGUCCCCCACAAGGACGCCAUCGCUCCCCUGUCCGGCUACUACGUCGGCGACCAGGAGGAGAUCAAGGCGCGCAUCGCUGGCGUUGCCAACCAGACCAAGGCCAAGUAAACCUUGUUUGAUGUGCGUCUGACAGUGAAUUGCCUCCGAGAUGGCGCUUUGCGCAUGAAAUAGAGUGCGUCGCUGUGUAACAUUCUUUAAACAAAACGAAAAUCUCCCGGCGUUAAUGCUUUUUAUCACAAAGACUGGAGUGUAUGUAUUUGCCACGUUGCCCAGCAACGCGAGCUUCUCGCGCAAGUGACGAUGCGAGCGAAUUUAAUGUUUUUUAGACAACAAUAAAUGGUGGUCAUAAGAACAGUUACAAACAUUAUUGCUUGGUAUCCGUGAUAGAACAAACACAAGAAACUAACAACCUGGUAGAACCAGAAUCCCAGUUUUUUUCGGUCGU